AUGGAUUUCGCCAUGCUGGGUCCGGCAGGGGAAGGGCUGCAGAAAGCAGGCGUGCUGCUGCAGGAGGGCGGGGAGUUCAACCCUGCCAUGUUCCGCAUGAGGCUGCCGGCUGUGGAGGAGGGCACGCAGGUGAAGGUGCGGGUUUCCUAUGUGGAGACGAUGGGCGUGCGCGCGGGGUACUAUGAGGUGGUGGUGCCGCUGGUGGUGCCGGAAGCAGUGGUGCCGAGUCAUCUGGAGCUGGUCGAGGUGGUGCAGGUCAGCUGCGCCAUCAACAGUGGCCACACCAGGCCGCUCAAAGUCGGGGAUUUCAACCAUCCCAUGAAGGUGAUGUUUGUGGAGCUAGGGCGGGCGUCCUUCACGGGCUUCCCCGCCAGCACCACUCCUGAUGGCAAGCCAUGUGUGUGGCCCAACGCCGACUUCGUCCUCUCCUACCAGGUGGUGUGUGAGGACGUGGCAGCGGCCAUGCUGGUGCAGGCACCAUACGAGGAGGACCCCGACACUCGAGCCAUCUUCUGCCUCUCCGUCUGCCCUCCCGACCCCUGCCAACUGCCGGUGUACGGGCGGGCAGUGGUGUUUAUCCUGGACAGCCACAACGCCAUGCGGGGCCGCGCCAUGGAGGAGGCUCGGCGCGCAGUGAUGGCGGCGCUCAAGCGGCUGAGUCCGGCGGACAGCUUUGGCAUCAUAGCGUUUGACUACGAGCUGCUGGUGUUCGCCGAGGCCAUGGAGAGCGCCACUGCCGAGGCCGUCAAGAAGGCCAGCAAGUUCGUGCUGCAGGCGUAUGACACUGAUGAGGCCUGCAACAUUCUCUCGCCGCUGCAACUGGCAUUGAAGAUGCUGAAGGGAGUGCGGGGCAUGUUACCGCAGAUAGUGUUGUUGAGCGAUGCAGCGGUGGAGGACGAGCGAUCCAUCUGCUGCUACCUGCAGGAGGCGCUGCUCGAGUGGGGGCCCAACGCCCCCCGCAUCUUCACCUGCGGCAUUGGUCCCAGCUGCAGCUACUACUUCCUUCGCUGGAUAGCGGGUGUCAGUAGAGGGGCAACUGAGUUCGCCUUUACUGCUGACGAGGUGCGGAAGAAGGUGGAGCGGCUGUUGCUGGCAGUGUCUCGUCCUCUCAUCACCAACAUCACCAUCAGAGACAUGCCUGCCGGCUUCCAGCUGGUGCCAUUCCCCAUCCCGGACCUGUACGCAGCAUGUCCAGUGGCGGUGUCAGGGCGGCUGGACGGGGACGUGCCUCUGGCCUUGGAGCUAAGAGGCGUGCGUGCCAACGGCGCUCCAUGGAAGGCCAAGGUGCCUGUUGUUGAGGCCGCCACUCUGCCGCUCUCCACCGUGGGCAUACGGGAGCACACGGACCUGAUGACGGCAGAUGCAUGGUUGCAGCGCGACCCCGACCUGGAGCGAGGGGUGGCGCGCAUGAGUCAGACGGUGUGUGUGCCCAGCCACUUCACGCGCAUGGUGCUCUUUGAAACCAACCGAGCCAACUACGAUGCACUACAGCACGACCGCAUACAGGGCAAGGACCUCAAAGUCCGAACCUACACCGAUCCUCCCUCCGCGCCUGUCUCCAUAGUCCCGAGCCUCGUCAUAGGCCUGGGGGGACCGGCAGUGGCGCAGAAGCAGACGAGCCAGCAGCAGCAGGAGCAGCAGCAGCGAGGUCCAGGGGGCCUUCUGGGGGAAGUGUUGGAGGAGGAUGAGGAGGAGGAGGAAGGGGAGCUGCUGCAGAGCAGACAGGGGAAACCGCUGGGGCUCCUGGGGUCUAUUAUGUCGUGUUACCGGCCCAACGCUGCUCCUGGUCGGCCCCAUCGUGUGACGACUGCUGCCGCAACGAGGCUAGUGCAGCUCCCCGGCUUUCGCCAACGGGGGGGUCUCCGCCCAUGCUCCCGCCGCAACGGCGCGCAGUGGCGCAGAGAAAGACCCCGGCGGGUGGCGAUGGCGGCCGCUGACGGCGAGGAGGCAGACGGGGGUGGAGAAUCGGCGGAAGCGGAGGAGUUCUCUCCCGCGCUUGCCUCAGGGGCGGAAGCAGGCAAGGGGGAAGGGAGCAACAGCAUCAGCAGCGGCAGCGAGAGCGAGGGCGGAGGCGAUGCGGAGUCCAGGGAGUGGGAGGGCGAUCUACAGUACAUGAUGUCGUGGCAGUGGGACGACGUGGUGCGCUUCUGGCGCGCGAGCGGCGCGUCGGAGGAUCAGAUCACGUCGGAGGAGUUCGAGUCGCUGCGCGAGUGGUGGAGCACGAGCGCGCGCUACUGGCAGCGCGACGGGCGGCUGGACGGCAAAACCCUCUGGGACGUGGUCGAACUGCUGCGCCGAUGGGAGCUCGACGGGUGGUUUAGGGUUUUCGAAACGGCCAUGAGCCCGGAGAUGGAGUUUGCGUUGGAAUCCGUGGUGGAGGGGAAGGAGGAGACGUUUGUGGGGGAGGAGUGGAUGGAUCGCCUCACUCCUCGCGGCAUCCGCGAGGCCAAUGAGCGCAGGCUGACGGGGGGGGAUACGGGCGCGCGCGGGCUGCUGGGCGCGGGGGACGCGGGGGUGGUUGACGUGGGCGGGGAAGUGGCGGUCGUGGACGGGGAAGGGGAAGGGGAGGUGGAGGUGAGUGAGGAGGAGAGGAGAGGGGUGGAGCAGCGGUGGAGGGAGAUGAUGGAGGAGUCGAUGGUGCGGGUGCUGCAGGGUCAGACCACCAUGCCCAAUGGUACUGGUGGUGCUGCUGCUGCUGCUGCUGCUGGCGGUGAAAGUGGUGAAAAUGGUGAGAGUAGCACUGGUGGCAGUAGUGGCAGCACGAGGCGUGCAAGGAGCAGCAAGUGGGUGGGGCCGCGGCCAGGGGACCUGCCCUCGCUGACGCACCGCCCGCCCCGCGAUUGGCCGCCGCCAGGCUGGCAGGUGGACGCGGAUGAGCUGGCAGUGAUUCACGGCGCGACACGGGGGAAGCAGGGGGGCGGUAGAGGGGGAGAGGCGGGUGCGGAGGAGGAGGAGGAGGAGAGGGUGAGGGAGGAGCGGUGGGCGGUGUUUAUGAAGCAGUAUGAGGCGUGGGUGCAGGCGAACAAAGACCUGCUGGAUGAAGAAGCUGCUGUGGCGGACCCAAUAUACUUCCCAGGGCGCAGGAAGGCGGGCGACAAGUACCGCCCAGGACUCUACGAGCUACCGUUUGUGGAGGCGGGGCAGGUGUAUGCGGGGCAGGUGACGACCAUCAACCUCAACGAGGGCUGCUUCAUUGACAUCGGCGCCGUGCAUGACGGGUGGGUGCCCAUUUACAAUGACGACUGGUACGAGCUGCGGCAGGUGCUGAGCAUCGGCACGCCUGUGCUGGUGGAGGUCACGGCCAAGCGCGACCCCUUCCGCUUCCGCUUCCCCAUUGAACUGCGCCUGCUCAACCCCGACGUGGAUCACAUGAUCUUUCGGCGCCAGCGCUACCCCCCCCAUGCGCCCAUCUUCUCCCGCGAUGGGGAUUUCAACCUCAAUGAACUCGCCGUGGAGGUGCGGCGGCCGAAGCUACCGUUUGUGAAGAGGGCGUUUUUCCCCAACCGGUGGGAGCGGCUGUUCGUUGAGGAGUCGGAGCAGCAGGAGGAGGACUUCCGCCACCCCUACAUCCAACACGUGGAUCGCAUACAGGGAGCAGAGCGCAUGUUGGUACAGAGAGUGCGGAGGGGGGAGGUGGUCACACCGCAAGACGUGGCACUCAUGCUGCCCGAGCCUGCAGACGCAGAACUGGUGGAUCUAGCAGCAGCAGAGGAGGAGCUAAAGUGGGACGAGGAGGCGGCGGCGGCAGCAGCGCGGGGGGAGGUGGUGGACGCACCUCCCUCUCGUCAUGACGUGCUGCGGGCGUCCCUGGCUGCCGUGCAUCAGCAGCGCCUGCAGGCCGAGCAAGACGCCGUCACCCGCGACCGCGCCGCGCGCACGGAGGUGGGGUUGCCAAUCUACGAGCCCGGGAGGGAGAAGCUGGUGCGGCAAAUAGGCGGCGGCAAGGAGGAGUGGUGGCGUUACAUGUCGUUCCUCUACACCGCAGUGGACCUUGCCCUCUUCCCCAACGGCAUUCCCGAUGAGACCGCUGCCAGGCAAGCAGCAGACGAAGCUCUCAUUGAGGCUGUUGUGGGCUCUGCUGCACCCUCCUCUUCCUCACCCCCGUCUGCUGCACCCUCUGCUGGUUCUUCGGGAAGUGAUGGCGGUGCAGGCGACCUUUGA